AUGUCUCAAAGUCAGAUCAUCGCGGGCUCUCUCCUUGUAGCCGGCUUCGUUUUCGCCCUAUUCCGCUCACAGUCCGGUCAAAAACGCGGCCGUCUACCUCCUGGGCCCAAACCAAGCUGGUUUUUAGGGAACUUGGGUGAUAUUCCGAAGGAACUUCCGUGGGUCGUCUAUCGUGAUUGGGGUUUGCUCUAUGGCGAUAUCAUCGGCCUCCAGCUGCCCGGGAACCAGACUAUGAUUGUCCUCAACUCACCCACUGCUGCAUAUGAGCUCCUCGACAAGCGCUCCAAUAUCUACUCCGACCGCCCGAAGUCCCUAAUUGUCGAACUAAUGGGUUGGAGUUGGAAUACACCGCUUGUUCCUUACGGCGAAGAGUGGCGGCGCACACGUCGUGCGUCUUCACAGCACUUCACCCCGAAAGCGAUGUUGGACCAUCUACCCGUGCUGGAGGAAGAGUCACGUCGACUUCUUCGCAUCGUCCGUGCCGAUCCUGAUCGUCUGCGAGAAUUGCUUGAGUUUUCAUUUGCCGCGACUACACUCAAGACCAUGUAUGGCAUCGAGAUUCCCUCGGACGAUACGACAUACUCUCCUCUGCUCCAUGCUGCUCUUGAAGGUCCUACGGAAGGGCUCAUGGCAGGGAGCUUCCUUGUCGAGCAUAUUCCGAUACUACAGUAUGUGCCUGCUUGGAUACCUGGUGCGGGUUUCCAGAGGAAAUUCGCAAAAUGGAGAAAGCUAGUCGACGAGAUGCUCAACAUGCCGUUCAAUGUCGCCAAAGAAGCGUGGUUAAAGGGCGAGGGAUACCACUCCGCGACGCACCAAAUGCUGGACCACAUCUCUCAGUCGAACCUCACGUCUGAGGAGACAGCCGACGAGGAGCGUGUAGCCAAAAUCGGAGCUGCCAACGUCUAUGCGGCGGGCUCCGACACUACUUUCUCCACACUUUUGUCUUUCUACAUGGCAAUGGCCUUGCAUCCGGAGGUUCAGGUCAAGGCGCAAGCAGAACUUGACGCUGUCAUCGGUCUCGACAGGCUUCCCGAGUUCACUGAUCGCGCAAAGUUGCCUUACAUCAAUGCAGUUGUCAAAGAGGCCCUCCGGUGGCAGAACAUCGUUCCUCUCGGUGUAGUCCAUAGGUCCACGGAAGACGACGAGUACGAAGGAUACUUCAUUCCUCAAGGGUCACUCGUCUUCGCUAACAUCUGGGCAAUGAUGCACAAUCCCAAGGAAUACCCAGACCCCGAGCGUUUUAAGCCAGAACGUUACCUCAAGGAUGGCGCUCUUAAUCGGGAUGCUCCCGACCCCGCAGACAUUGUCUUUGGCUUUGGCCGGCGAGUAUGCCUCGGGAAGAAUCUAGCGGAUGCAGCUUUGUUCAUCAAUAUCGCCUGCGCUCUACAUGUGUUCAGAAUCACGCCGCCUCUGGAAGCCGAUGGUACGCCUAAAAAUGUCAAAGUCAAGGUGUCCACUGGGUUCCUGUCAUACCCUUCGGGCUUCACAUGCGUGAUCAAGGCUCGCUCACCAGGUGCUGAAGCACUUAUACGGGAGUCACAGACAUAA